GUUCCUCUCCAGGUCUCUGAUGUUUCUGUGCUGCGGCUCCGGUCGUGUUUUGGUCAGGAGGUAGAAAGAUGACAGCCAGAAAGUCCGGGUCGCGAUUAGAGACUGAAAUAGAACGCUGUCGAUCAGAGGGACAAUGGGACAAGAUAGCAGAACUCGUGAGGCAGAUGUCUGCGAAACUCAUCUCAAACGAUGAUCUCGGAGAGCUUCUGCUGGGGGAGGCCAAACUCCAGCAGUACCUCAAGGAAAACCCCAUCAAGCAGGGAGCCAGUCCCCGCGGGCCCCGACCACGCCUCCAGGAGGUACGGAAACACUUGACGGCUGCACUUGAUCGGGGAAACUUAAAGCCUGAAUACAUGCAGGAGGCCAGUCUGAUCAUGGCUAAGCUGUGCUACGUGGAGGUUGAUUACAGGGAAGCACUGAAUCAGUACAGCCGUGUGAAUCUGGAUGAGAUGCAGCUGGUAGGGGCUCCAGUGUACAGACUCUCCAUGAUUGCUGAGGCCUACGCCACUAAAGGUCUUUGUCUGGAGAAAGUGCCCAUGGCGUCCCCAUCACUGUCCAAUCGUAAUGCAGACAGAGACCAGGAGAUCAUCACUUGUUAUGAGAAGUCUGGAGACAUCGCUCUUCUCUAUCUUCAAGAGGUAGAAAAGGCUCUUAGUGUUGGCAUUCAGAACCGAAGUCCAAAGCCCGGUCCGGUCACUCAGGACCAGGAACUUGGCUACUUCCUAGAGACAGGACUUCAGAGGGCUCAUGUUAUUCAUUUCAAAAAUGGUAACCUGACCCGUGGUGUCAGCCGCUUCCGAGAGAUUCUCCGAGCCGUUGAGACCAGAACUACUCAGAACCUGCGUAUGACUAUCGCCAGGCAGCUUGCAGAGAUCCUGCUGAGGGGCAUGUGUGAACAGAGUUACUGGAAUCCACUAGAAGACCCACCUCACCACUCCCCCCUGGACGACCUGCUCAGACACCCCCUCCACACUAAGGACUACGCCCUCAGCCGCCGCCCACGCAUCUACUCAGGAGAAAAUUUGUUUUGUCCACAGGAGAACACAGAGGAGGCCUUGCUCCUGUUGUUAAUCAGCGAGUCCAUGGCUAACAGAGACGCCGUAUUGAGUCGAAUCCCCGAACACAAUAAUGACCGAAUCAUCAGCCUCCAGAGCGCCUCACUGGUGUACGACCUGCUGACCAUCGCGCUCGGCCGACGCGGACAGUAUGAGAUGCUCUCAGAGUGUCUCGAAAGAGCCAUGAAGUUUGCCUUUGAGGAGUUUCAUCUCUGGUUCCAGCUUGCUCUUUCCCUAAUGGCUGCUGGGAAGUCGGCUCGAGCAGUGAAGGUGCUGAAGGAGUGUAUGAGACUGAAGCCGGACAAUCCCACCAUUCCUCUGCUGGCCGUCAAGCUGUGUAUUGGAAAUCUGCACUGGCUGGAAGAAGGUGAGCGCUUUGCUAAAAUAGUGAUUGAUAUGGGUGAGAAGGCGGCUGAAUUCAGGGCCAAAGGCUAUCUAGCUAUUGGUCUCGUCUACAGCCUGAAAGCCACAGAUGCAUCUCUUCGAGGAAUGCAGGAAGAGUAUCAGAAAAAAGCGCUGAGCGCUUUCCAGAGGGCACAGAGUCUGUCCCCCACUGAUCAUCUAGCUGUUUUCUACCUGGCGCUGCAGCUGGCUGUAUCUCGACAGAUUCCAGAGGCUCUUGGUUAUGUACGACAGGCGUUACAGCUGCAGGGCGAUGAUGUUCAUUCACUGCACCUGCUGGCCUUGCUGCUGUCAGCUCAAAAACACUACCACGAUGCUCUCAACAUCAUCGAGAUGGCCCUCAGCGAAUACCCUGAGAACUUCAUUCUAUUAUUCACAAAGGUGAAGUUGGAGACGUUGUGUCGAGGUCCAGAGGAGGCGUUACUCUCCUGCAAACGCAUGCUGCAGAUUUGGAAGUCCUGUUACAACCUCACCAACCCCAGUGAUUCUGGGAGGGGGAGCAGUCUGUUAGACAGAGCUGUUGCUGACCGUCGCCAGCUGAACGCCAUGACACUACCUGACUUCAGUGAUCCAGAGACAGCCUCUCAUGCCUCUUCCUCCAUCUCGGGGUCAGAACCUGUAUCUCCUCUUUUUCCUCUUUCAUCCUUCUAUUCUUCACCUCCACCCAAGGCCGAAUCCACCCAGAGGCGCAGCAGCCAUGCUUUCUGUGACCACGCCCCCCGCCGACGCUUCUCCUCCGCCAGCAACCUUCCAGAUGCUUUCUUUCAUGGUUUUGACUCUUUUAUUGGGGUUUGUUCCAUCCACGCCACCUCCAUAGCAGCGUCACGGGUGGAACAGGCACUGUCUGAGGUGGCCUCUUCCCUUCAGAGCAGCGCUCCGAAACAGGGACCCCUCCACCCUUGGAUGACCCUUGCCCAGAUCUGGCUGCAUGCAGCGGAGGUGUAUAUUGGAAUGGGAAAGGCGGCGGAGGCAACAGCGUGUACACAGGAAGCAGCCAACCUGUUCCCCAUGUCCCAUAACGUGUUGUUUAUGAAGGGUCAGGUGGCGGAGCUGCGGGGGAACGUGGACGAGGCCAAGCGCUGGUACGAGGAGGCGCUGUCCAUCAGCCCCACCCACGUCAAAACCAUGCAGAGACUGAAACUGCAAGCGCAAGGCAAUGACGCCGCUGCGACCGAAUGCUUCCUCACUGCCCUGGAGCUGGAGGCCAGCUGUCCCAUCUUACCUUUCACCAUCAUUCCCCGCACCCUCUGAGACACUCCGAACACUCACCACCGGCACAACCUCGGUCUGAGAGUCAUGCAUGAACCACAGCCCUUAAACACACACAUAAACGCCCAAAAACUCCAAAACUCUUCUUCUGUCCUGGAAUGCCUUUCCCACCCCCUCCAACCUGUUUACCGGUUCUCAGACGUGGAUCUGCUGAAAAACUCGACACGGUUAUCAGUGUGAACUUUUCCACACUGCUUCACUCUCAUAGUUUUUUUCCUUCCUAUUCCUUCCUUCUUUGUCUGCUAGAAUCUCCACCGGCUUCUGUACAUCGUAGAGGUGCCGCCCACCCUAAAAACCCCACUCCUUCCAACACUCUCAUUGGUUAGUUACAUACCACAGUACAAGUGGACCAAUGGGAAACCUUUUCAAGCUGAACCAGGUGAUUGACGCAGCGGUUUCUUCAAACCACAGUGCUUCCCGAAACAUACAAUCUUGAGAUUCUAGUAGCUGUAUGUCGUAUAAACCAGUAAUAACUCUGUCUCAGAGACAGUCAAAAGUGUGUGUACAUGUGCUGUGUGUUAAUGGACAGUCAGAGUGUGUGUGUCCUUUGUAUGUGCUGAUAUCCAGGAUAUCCCUUCCUAUGUGGUGUGUGCGCGUGUGUUUAUUUUGAAUGGAAUACAUGACACAGUGUUACAGUGGAUCCCUGUUACACAAACACACGUAAUAAAGGUUGUGUUUCCAUACGGUUGUUCCUGAGGGCAGGUGUUGUCACCCAUGUUAUGACUCCUAGAGAAACAUUACAUCCCCCUUUGAUCAAACACUGUAUUGUUUAUAGACUGUAUGUACAAAUGUAUGGCCUAGAGCAAAUGGAAUGGAUGCCAAAAGUACAACUAUUCUAAAAGCAAAUAUUUUAUCUUGAUUCUCAUUAAAAGAGAAGAUAAAUCUAGUUUUGGACAUUUUGUUUUGUUUGUUGGUUUAUUUUUCCACAUUUAUCAUGAUUCAGAGGUCAAGAUUUAUAUUGUUGAUUUAUCAGAGACGUGUUAGAUGUUUAUUUAUCUGUGUCCCAGUGGCCGUAUGUUAGACGAGUGAGGACAUACAUGUAUUCCGUGUGUGUGUGGUGUGUGACUGUUACAGAUGGACACGUUAAACUCUGAAAUGCAAACUCUCUUCAUAACGGUCAAAGAGAAUUCAGUCAUGUACAAGAGAGAAGAGGAAGAUUACGUGUGUAUUUGAAGUCUUGGCAGUGUCAAUCACAGGGCCAAACGCAACUGGAAAUGCUGUUUUAUGAUGUCAAUAAAUGAUAGAUUG